AUGAAAUCCAGCAUUCAGAAUAUUGUCUCCGCAAAAGAUUCCUAUAGGAAGCAGGUAAAUAUUGAUGACGAAACGUGCAUGCUUGAUAUUUUGGAUACUGCCGGUCAAGAAGAGUACAGCGCCAUUCGCGAGCACUGUAUGCGAAUGAGUGAAGGAUUUUUAUGUGUAUUUGCUGUUGAUAAUGCCGAAAGCUUCGAUGACAUCCGUCAAUACCAGGAACAAAUAAGGCGAGUCAAAGACGCAGAUGAGGUGCCCAUGGUU